GCAGUCUGAAAACAACUCUUCAGGCAUGAAAAGGGAUCUUAAUUAGUAGUACAGAGCCUGUUAUUAUUCAAAGCACUGAGGAGAGUGGGAGAGGGACUGGAAGGGAAGGCAGAUGGAAGGAAGGAAGAUAGCUCUCAAGGCCUCCUGAGAACUACAGUAUGUUCUUUAUGUUACUACCCACAAUGCCGUUCUGCAAUGGAACUGGAUCAUACCUCUGAACAGACAGCAAAUGCUGGGUCCUUCUGGUUGUGGUCCUUGACCUGCCCUGGCUGGAGUAGUCAUCGAUGGUCAUUCCAUCAACUUCUGGAUCACAGCUGUCUUUCGGCGGAUCAGCUUCUAUCUGAAACAUGAGGAAGCAGACCAUGCCCGAACCAGUUACUUUGUUCAGCAUUAAGAAAAUUGGAGAAGACAACCGCGCCUUUGAGUCAAAUGAAUCACAUAAUGGCAUCAGCAAACCAGAGUAUUUCUAUUCAAAAAAAGAGACUUCUUCAAAGGACAAUGCAAAGGAGAACAAGACAUCGGGCAAGGAAAAAAGUGAAAUUCGAGUUGGCUUCUUCCAGCUGUUUAGGUUUGCUUCUUCGUACGAGAGACUGAUGAUGGGUUUGGGUGGCAUCUGUGCUGUACUUCAUGGAGCGGCACAGCCAGCCAUGUUGCUUGUCUUUGGGCUAAUGACGGACACAUUUAUUGAAUAUGACAUUGAGAAACAAGAGCUUAAAGACCCAAACAAAGCAUGCGUGAAUAACACUAUAGUGUGGAUCAACAGUUCUCAUCACCAAAAUGACAGUAAUGCAUCAAUAGGUUGUGAGUUGCUGGAUAUUGAAAGGGAAAUGACCUAUUUUGCAAGUUAUUAUGCCGGAAUUGGCUGCUCUGUCUUUUUGCUUGGAUACCUCCAUAUCUGCUUAUGGGUAAUGGCAGCUGCUCGACAGACACAAAAAAUCAGAAAAGCCUAUUUCAGGAAAGUAAUGAGGAUGGAUAUCGGCUGGUUUGAUUGUACAUCAGUGGGGGAACUCAAUACACGUAUUUCUGAUGACGUUAAUAAAAUAAAUGAUGCUAUUGCUGAUCAAGUAGCAAUCUUUAUCCAGCGCUUCACCACCUUUGUUUGUGGAUUCCUGUUAGGAUUUGCCAGAGGCUGGAAACUGACCUUGGUUAUUAUUGCAGUCAGUCCACUAAUUGGGGUUGGAGCUGCCAUAAUGGGCCUGACUGUGGCAAAGAUGACAGGUCGGGAAUUAAAGGCUUAUGCAAAAGCUGGGGCCGUGGCCGAUGAAGUGCUCUCAUCCAUCAGGACGGUGGCUGCUUUUGGAGGGGAAAGAAAGGAGGUUGAAAGAUACGACAAAAACCUAGUGUUUGCCCAAAACCAGGGGAUUAGAAAGGGAAUGAUAAUGGGAUUUUUCACUGGCUAUAUCUGGCUUAUCAUUUUCCUUUGUUUUGGACUAGCCUUCUGGUAUGGUUCAAAACUCGUCCUUGAGGAUGAGGAAUAUUCUCCCGGCACACUUCUACAGGUUUUCUUUGGAGUUCUAAUCGGUGCCUUAAAUCUCGGCCAAGCGUCCCCUUGCUUGGAAGCCUUCGCAACGGGCCGCGGGGCUGCUACAAACAUCUUCGAGACAAUAGAUAAAAAACCAACCAUUGACUGCAUGUCAGAAGAUGGCUACAAACUGGAUAAAGUCCGAGGUGAAAUUGAAUUCCAUAAUGUUACGUUCUAUUACCCAUCCAGACCUGAAGUAAAGAUUUUAGACAAACUCAGCAUGAUUAUCAAGUCAGGAGAAACCACAGCUUUUGUUGGCUCUAGUGGAGCCGGGAAGAGUACCACAGUACAGCUUAUCCAGCGGUUCUAUGACCCUAGUGAAGGCAUGGUUACUCUAGAUGGACACGAUAUUCGCUCCCUUAAUAUUCAGUGGCUGCGUUCUUUGAUUGGCAUAGUUGAACAGGAGCCAGUCCUGUUUGCUACAACCAUUGCAGAGAACAUUCGCUAUGGUCAGGAAGGUGCAACCAUGGAGGACAUCAUCAGAGCAGCCAAAGAAGCAAACGCCUACAACUUUAUCAUGGAUCUGCCUCUGCAAUUUGACACCCUUGUCGGAGAAGGUGGCGGCCAAAUGAGCGGAGGCCAGAAGCAGCGAAUUGCUAUUGCUCGAGCCCUGAUUCGAAAACCCAAAAUCCUGCUACUGGACAUGGCUACGUCAGCGCUGGACAAUGAAAGUGAAGCGAUCGUGCAAGAGGCGCUUCAUAAGGCUCGCCUUGGACGCACUGUAAUCUCCAUAGCUCAUCGCUUGUCCACAGUCAAGAGUGCUGAUGUCAUCAUUGGUUUUGAGCAUGGAAGAGCGGUGGAAAGAGGAAAACAUGAGGAGCUGAUGGAACGGAAAGGGGUUUAUUUCACACUCGUGACUUUGCAGAGCCAAGGAGACAAGGUGCUCAGUGAAACAGCAGUAGAAAUAAUGGAACCAAGACUUGAGAAAGUGCAACCUUUCAUCAGAGGAAGCUACCGGGACAGCUUGAGAACUUCGCUUCGACAGCGUUCAAGAUCUCAGUUAUCAAAUACCAUACCUGGCUAUCCAAUGGCAACUGUAGGAGACCAUUCAGAGGGUAUCUAUAGCAUCGAUAAGUAUGAAGAAGAUGGCAGGCCCAUUAAAAAGGAACUGAUUACUGAGGAUGAGGAAGAGGUGGAACCUACUAAUGUGACCAGGAUUUUGAAAUACAAUGCUCCCGAGUGGCCCUAUAUGGUGUUUGGAUCCCUCGGGGCUGCUGUCAAUGGGGCAGUCAAUCCACUCUAUGCCGUACUGUUCAGUCAAAUCCUUGGAACCUUUUCGAUGCGUGAUGAAGAAGAGCAAAGGUCACAGAUCAACAACAUCUGCCUUCUCUUUGUUUUUGUUGGAGUUCUAUCGUUUUUCACCCAGUUCUUGCAGGGAUAUACAUUUGCAAAGUCUGGUGAACUGCUGACAAGACGGAUACGGAAAAUAGGUUUCCAAGCUAUGCUAGGCCAAGAAAUUGGUUGGUUUGAUGACCCUAGGAACAGCCCAGGGGCCUUGACUACAAGACUAGCAACUGAUGCAUCUCAGGUUCAAGGGGCAGCCGGAUCCCAAAUAGGAAUGAUUGUGAACUCCUUUGCCAAUAUUGGAAUGGCCAUUAUUAUCGCUUUCUACUUCAGCUGGAAGCUCAGCUUGGUCAUCUGCUGCUUCUUGCCUUUCUUGGCUUUAUCUGGCUUGGUGCAGACUCGGAUGUUGACAGGCUUUGCCUCUCAGGACAAGCAAGCCAUGGAAGCUACUGGGAGGAUCUCAAAUGAAGCCCUCACAAAUAUCAGGACUGUAGCUGGAAUUGGGAAGGAGAAGAGGUUUAUUGAAACAUACGAGAAAUAUUUGGAUAUCCCAUACAGGGCAGCAGUCAAGAAGGCAAAUGUUUAUGGAGCCUGCUUUGGCUUUGCACAGUCUGUGGUGUUUAUAGCCAACUCUGUCUCUUAUCGGUAUGGAGGAUUUUUGGUUGAUAAGGAAGGACUUCACUACAGCUAUGUAUUUAGGGUGAUCUCCUCCAUUGUGACUAGCGGAACUGCUCUAGGAAAAGCAUCCUCUUAUACACCCAAUUAUGCCAAAGCAAAAAUAGCUGCCGCUCGCUUUUUCCAGUUAGUGGAUCGGAUUCCCCGAAUUGGCGUAUACAGUGACGUCGGAGAAAAAUGGGAUAAUUUCCUUGGAAACAUUGAAUUUCUGAACUGUACGUUCACAUACCCUACUCGUCCUAACAUCAAAGUGUUAAACGGCCUCUCAGUGUCUGUGAAAUCUGGUCAGACCCUCGCCUUUGUUGGAAGCAGCGGAUGUGGAAAAAGUACUAGCGUCCAGCUUCUGGAACGAUUUUAUGACCCUGAGGAAGGAAGAGUAUUGAUUGAUGGACGUGACACCAGGAAAGUAAACGUCCAAUUUCUCAGAUCUAAAAUCGGAAUUGUGUCACAGGAACCUGUGCUAUUUGACUGUAGUAUCGCCGACAAUAUUAAAUAUGGGAACAACACCAGAGAAAUUUCUAUGGAAAAUGUGAUAGCAGCAGCCACCAAGGCCCAGCUGCAUGACUUUGUCAUGUCACUUCCUGACAAAUACGAAACUAACGUUGGGGCCCAGGGAUCGCUGCUCUCCCGUGGGCAAAAGCAGCGCAUUGCUAUAGCCCGAGCCAUCGUCCGAAAUCCCAAGAUCUUAUUACUAGAUGAAGCGACAUCUGCGUUGGAUACGGAAAGUGAACAGACUGUGCAAGCCGCACUGGAUCGAGCUAGAGAAGGCCGGACCUGCAUCGUCAUCGCCCAUCGCUUGUCUACCAUCCAGAACUCCAAUACCAUCGCAGUCAUGUCGCAAGGCGUCAUCGUCGAAAAGGGCACUCACGAAGAGCUGAUGGCCCAUGAAGGGGCAUACUACAAGCUGGUCACCACUGGGGCACCAAUUAGCUGAGCUUCUGCCCUCUCACUCUGUGACACCAUUUUACCUAAUUUUCUUAGGCGCUGGGCGAAGGCUGGUAUGAACAUGUCAGCAGUCUUUAUCUCUCACGAAGGACAGUGACGAAAAUACUUUAUGGAAAGGUGAACUUCUGUUGGCCACGUUAUGACUGAUCUGUGCAGUCAUACCACUGCAAGUCUGGUUUUUGCUUUUGAAGAAAGGCAACACCUACUGGGCAAUGGUGAUGCUGCGGAGAGAGUGCUCAGAACCCUUUCUUAAAAAAUCAGCUGACUGCCAGUGCCAUCAAAAUGAUUUUAUUUCUAGAUUAUUACCCACCCACCCGCAAUAUGCAUCUUGAAUGAAGCCAAAACUACAGACUCACCACCCUGGAUUCAGAGUGAAGCCUCCACUUGAUACUCUGGGCAAACGGUGGCAUCCAGCCACGUGCCCAACGUGAUCAUGGAAUUCCCCAGACACAAACAUCAUGGAAACGGUGUCUGUAAAGAAAGACUGUUCUGCACAUUACUGAUUCACAAUGUGGCACUUUUUUUUUAAGGGAACAAGUUUUAAAAUGCAGUCAUUCUGUCCACCGCCAAUCAGGAAAAGGACAUACUGCAUUCAGCCAGUGCAGGUGCACUUAUGGAUUUGCACAUACAUCUGUACUGGAUUCCAGCCUAUUGAACUGGCUGGAUGUGUCUUGAUGUAGAGCUACACGUCAUAUAGCUCCAUUGAAGGCCUCUAGCUGCUCAUGUGGCUACAAGUGGGUCAGACAGGGGUAUUGUAUGGAACUAAGCAAUGUAGAAGCAGGAAGGGAAUCAUAAUGCAAUGAUGUUAGAUAGACAGGCUGCAUUCACACUAGCACUAGCUAGAGCAACCACUAGACACACUAGUUGCACUGGUGGAAGCUCAUCAGGAUUAGCUAACACAGGGGAAUCCCGUCAGAGUUCCAAGCACUGGUGAGAAGCAGUGCUAAAGAGAUGGUGGAUGCUGUUCUGGAUAUAGUUCGUUUGUUUUUAAAUAAAGAAGCGGUGAUACACUGAA